AUGGAAACCAGCAGCUCGCGGCCCCUGAGGCCCAGCUGCAGCCCAGAGCUGAGCCUGGACACCUGGCUGGGUGUGGACAGGCGCCUCUGGGCCAAGGAGCCAUUGAUCGCUCUCUACUUGCUCAGCUCCGCGCGGGAAGUGGAGGGCGAGGCGCUGUCCGCGCUCGUGGUGCUGAAGGCGCAGGUCGGCCCGCGGCGCCUGCGCUAUAACGUGCACAGCCAGGCACUCUCCGCCCUGCUACUGCUGCUGCAGCUGCUGCUGCUACUGGUCACCGUUCCCAUGGAGCUCUACAGCUUCGUGUGGUUCCACUACCACUGGGUCUACGAUGACUUGGGCAGCCGUGCCUCCUACUCCGUGCACGAGCUGUGCGCCUGCGCCACGGUGCUCAGCGUUGCCAGCCUGAAUGCUGAGCACUGCCUGGCCCUGUGCCAGCCCCUGCUCACUCGCCACCUGCUGACUCUGCACAGGACCGGCCUGCUGUCGCUUUUCUGGACCACCUUACUUGGCCUCGCCCUGCCCAAGGCCGUCCUCAUGGGGCAGAAGCAUGAGCUGGAGACUGCGGGCAGGGAGCCCGAGCCUGCUGGCGUGUGCUCCUCGCUAGUGGGCCGCCCUGGGCUCCAGGUUUUCAUCCAAGGACUCCGGAGAGCAGUCAGAAGCAGAGGCCCAUGGACAGCAGAGGGAGCUACUCCUCCCACCGUCACACCAGGUGGACUAAUCACGACAGCAGAGCUCAGCAGUCCAGCCCACGUGCUGCCUGUCCAAUGGUGGCACAAGCACACCGGGGCCACGGAGCAGCAGGGGAUACUUCCCAGCGGCCUCCACGAGGGUUCUGAGCUGCAGCAGAAUAUCAAGUGGGAUGGUGCACUGUUGCUCCCGCCUCAGGCCUGA